GGAGAUGAUACGUUCUCGGAGCAAGGUUUGGCUGCUAUGCUGAGAGAAAUAUUUAUUAUCGGAGCUGAGUCUGAAUCCGUCAUGAUGAGAUGGGUCUUCAGAAUACUUUCAUGUAACCCUCAGGUUCAGAAGAAGAUCCAGGCUGAACUAGAAGCAGUUGUCGGACCUAAAACUGAAGUCAAGUGGGAGAACAAAGACGACCUGCCAUAUACGAUGGCGGUCAUCAAGGAGAUUCAAAGAUAUGCUGAUAUAGCCCCAACUGGACUGAUGCAUAAGACGAUGUGUGAUGUAAAGAUUGGUGAAUAUACCCUUCCUGAGGUAAUAUUAUUCAAACCCUGCAUUAAACCCAUAUCUCUGCUUUCUUUUUUUAAGUUACUUUUUCUUAUACAAGUGCCCGACAUUGUCUUUAAGAUUCUCAAAAAACCGUCCAACUCUGUAAAAACGUCCUUCUGCACAAAACGGUUAAUCUGUCUCCCAGGUUAGGGUGCAAAUUUACCAUUUUAUCACCAUUGUCUCUGUUAGUUUUACAAUGCCAUCUUUGAGAACAUACAUACUCACAUACA